AUGGGGACACUGGGUGGCAAUGGGGACAACCUGGGGACCGUGCCAGCCGCCCCUUGUCACCUCGAGGUCCCCCAGUCCCGCGGUGACGCCGUUUCCUCUCCUGUGAGCACCUUUGGGGCCAAACGGCCGCGUUUUGGGGCCCGUGGGGUCACGGGGCUGACGGCGGCGACCUUCGUCCCCCAGCUCAUCCUCUUCGGGCUCAGCAACCAGAUGGUGGUGGCCUUCAAGGAGGAGAACACGGUGGCCUUCAAGCACCUCUUCCUCAAGGACUACGUGGACGGCGCCGACGACUCCUACGCCGUCUACACCCAGCGCGGCCUCUACGAGCGCGUCUUCUACGCCCUGGAUAAGUACCUGUCCCUGCCCAGGGAGGCCCUGGGCCGUUACGCGUACGUGCGGGGCGGUGCCGGGAACGGCUCCGCGCUCCUGCUGUGCCAGCGCUACUUCCGCAAGGGACGCAUCGACCCCGCCAACGACACCUUCAACAUCGACCCCCACAUCGUCACAGAUUGCCUGGGAGUGGAUCCCGAGGAUCCCCAGCCCCCGGCUCUGGACGGCUCCUACAGGAACUUCACCCUCAAAUUCCACAAGCUCAUCAACGUCACCAUCCGGUUCCAGCUGAAGGCCAUCAACGUGCAGCCCGUGCUCAACAACGACAUCCCCGACUGCUACACCUUCACUGUCACCAUCACGUUUGACAACCGCGCUCACAGCGGGCGGGUUCGGAUCCGCCUGGAGAACCACGCGGACAUCCGGGAGUGCAGGGACCCCGCUGUCUAUGGCAGAGGUGACAAUUCCUUCCGGCUGUUCUUCGACAUCGUCGUCAUCCUCGUGUGCUCCCUGUCCUUCAUCCUCUGCGCCCGCUCCAUCAUCCGCGGCCUCCUCCUGCAGCUCGAGUUCAGCCGGUUCUUCCAUCGGCGGCACGGCCGGAGCGUGUCGGUGUCGGACCGCAUGGAAUUCCUCAACGGCUGGUACAUCCUGCUCGUCGUCAGCGACGUCCUCACCGUGCUGGGAACCCUCAUGAAGAUCGGCAUCGAGGCCAAGAACUUCUCUGGGUACGACGUGUGCAGCAUCCUGCUGGGGACCUCCACGCUGCUCGUCUGGGUCGGGGUCAUCCGAUACCUCACCUUCUUCCAGAAGUACAACGUCCCCAUCCUUCCUCCCAGAUCCUCAUUGUCAUACUCCGGGUGGCCCUUCCUCCCCAGAUCCUCAUCACCCCCCU